AUGAAUACGAAGCACGAGGCGCACGAAGUGCUGCGCUACUGGUUCGGCAGCGAUCAAGCUGAGUCGUACCAGACUAAAUGGUUUCCUUCGGAUGGAUCUGACAAACAGAAGGCUACGGAUAGUGAAAUUAAAGCGCAAUUUCGCUCAUUACUUGGUCGAGCAGAGACUGGAGAACUUGAGAGCUGGCGUGACACAAGUCCUGACACUUGUGUCGCACUUAUACUGGUGUUGGACCAGUUUUCGCGCCAUGUAUAUCGAGAUCGUAGUAUUGCUACAAAUAGAGAGCAACUAGCGCGUAAUGAUAUUCAUGCUCUUGCAAUUGUGGAGCAGAAUUUACUCUUCAAGUGUUGGCACAAGAAUUUGCCUGUACCACACUUUGUUUUCGCUCUAAUGCCGCUGCGUCACUCUCCAACACCCGAGCGACUACAUGAUGUUCUUGCAUCGAUUGAAGCGAGAAAUCAGUUGCAUGAGCAGCACAAAGACUUAUUAAAUAAAUUUCGACGCACUACGACCGGGAGACUACAACAUUUAAGGGGAGACUUCGAGAUCGAAUCGACCAAAGUCCCAGAUGAUGAUAUUCUAGAACGAUCAUAUAUCGAAACAGACGAGAGUGAGAUGCAUAAGCAUCGACUAUAUCGUAUUGUAGACAACUAUUUGACGCUGAUGAAAGCUUCUGAGUACACCCACUUAGCAGUUUCGUUAUCUGGAGGUGUAGACUCAAUGGUUGUGGCGUAUUUAAUGCACAAACUGAAAGUUAAACACGGAGACUUUACAAUUGUAGCCGUACAUCUUGAUUACGGUAAUCGUCCUGAAAGUAAAGCUGAAUGUGACUAUGUGCAGCGUUGGUGUGAACGAUUCGGCAUGAUCUUCUAUAAGCGUCGAAUUGAUGAAGUAAAACGAGCGACCACACGACGUGAUGAUUAUGAAAGGAUAUCACGAACGAUACGGUACUCAACGUAUGCGGAGGUGAUGAAAAAAUACCAAAUUCCGGGUAUUUGUUUUGGUCACCAUCGAGGCGAUGUCCAAGAGAACGUCAUUUCAAACAUGAUGAAAGGACUUAGCUUGUUCAAUCUGAACGGCAUGCAUGCAAGCAGUAUUGUGAAUGGAGUACAAAUCUGGCGUCCGCUACUAGACGUCGAUAAGGACGUUAUCUUUGAAUAUGCACAUCGAUACGGUGUUCCUUAUUUCAAGGACACGACACCAAAGUGGAGUACGCGUGGUAAAUUACGAAACCAUUUGGUACCCCUUCUUCGAGACAUGUACGGUGACGGAUUUCUUAAUAAUUUGUCGGCUCUAGGCGCCGAGUCAACGCAGUGCGCUGAGGUCGUGCAUCAACAGGUUUUAUCUCCAAUCAUGAAUUCAGUCAAACAGAGUCAAGUGGCGGUGUGGCUUGAUUGUGGACUAUUAUCAGACCAGCCUUUGUUUGUAUGCAAGGAAGUUUUUCGUCAAGUGUGCCACUCACUGAUGGGUAACAGUAUGAUUCGUGAAAAGCCACUACUUGAGCUCAUUGACAAAUUGAAUCGCAUGCAAAAUCCUUUGAGUCGCAAGAUUAAGCACAAGAACAAAGAAGCUGAAUUGGGGUCUUGGGUUACACUUAAGAAAGGGAAUCGAUCAUAUUUGACAAAAGACAAGCAACUGAUCAUCUUUCGAGACCAAUUCUUUCCUCAAACUCGGUAUAUUGCUCAUUCAUUCCCCAUCCACGUCGGCAAGUCGUAUCAAUUUGGACCAUGGAAGUUACAAACACAGUUGCUGGAUGGUGAUCACACAACAGUUCAGACUUUGAGCAAGCGUGAUCCUUGGACCAUCUGGGAUCUCGUACAUGCAAAUGGCAUCUCUUACGUGCUUCUAAACGCACCGCAAUUUGUGAUUAACUGUAACUCACGUCCUGAUAUGCUGCGACGUAUUGAAAAAGUCAUUACAGACAACAUGCCCAUCGUAACCUCUGUUGGUGCAUUUGAUGUAGCUAUUCCAGCAUGGGUACAUGUCACUCUAACCUACUCUCAGAAUGCAUUAAGUACCUAA